AUGAACGCAGAAUCCUUCAUUCAGCAUGUUCUCGCCAAGGCGACCUCCUUUGCGAAUCCCAACAAAAAGACGGCAGCCUCCAAUGCCAAGGUCUUAACACCCAAAAUCCUCAGCCUUCUCCGCUCUGGCCGCGUCCUUACAGCCGUGCGGAUUAUUUGCUCGUCUUCUUUUGCUUUUGAUCCCUCUCUCUACGCUACAAUCUUCAACGAGUGUGGCAAUCACAAGGCGAUAGUGGAAGCCCGGAGAGUAGAAGCACAUUUGCACUCUUUUGUCGCAGACCCACCAACCUUUUUGCUCAACAGGGCGAUAGAGACAUACGGGAAAUGUGGGUGUGUGGCUGACGCGAGAGGGUUGUUUGACGAAAUGCCUAGUAGGGAUGGAGGUUCGUGGAAUGCUUUGAUCACUGCUUACUCAAAAAAUGGGCGUGCAGAGGAGGCAUUUCAUUUGUUUCAUGACAUGCACAAGUCCGGGGUUGUUUCACCGAGUGAAGUGACGCUUUCUAGUGUUCUUGGUUCAUGUGGGUCAGUUUUGGAGUUAUGUCUUGCGAGGCAAGUUCAUGGGCUGAUCGUGAAAUAUGGUUUUAUUGGGAAUGUUAUUUUGGAGAGUUCCAUGGUAGAUGUUUAUGGCAAGUGUGGAGAGAUGGAUGAGGCGAGGAGAAUGUUUGACGAAGUUAAGGAACCAAAUUCUAUUUCAUGGAAUAUCAUUAUAAGAAGGUAUCUUGACAUGAAUCUUGGAGAGCAGGCGGUACUGAUGUUUUCUAAGAUGGUUACGAUGAAGGUGAAUCCAUUGAAUUUUACUGUUUCUAAUGCUCUUAUUGCUUGUUCCACUAUGAGGGGACUUAGAGAGGGUGUUCAAAUUCACGGAUAUGCAGUGAAGAUUAACUUAGAAGACGACGAGGUUGUAACAACCUCCCUUAUCAAUAUGUAUGGAAAAUGCAAGGAUGUGGCUAGCGCUUCGAUGAUAUUUGAUCGUCUCUCCACAAACGAUUUGAUUAGUUACACUUCUAUGUUCUGGGGGUUUGCCACGAAUGGAAAAAUCAGGGAAGCCAGAGAACUAUUUGAUCAGAUGCCAGAGAGGAACACAGUGUCAUGGAAUGCAAUGUUAUCUGCAUACACUACUUCAGGUCAAUGGGAUGAAGCUUUGGACUUCUUUUUUCUAAUGCUAAAAGAGGGUAUAUCUAUUGAUCAUGUUACUCUUGCUUUAAUUCUAAAAGUAUGUUCUGGACUUUCAGAUAUUCAACUCGGGAAACAGAUUCAUGGAUAUAUCUAUAGGCAUGCCUUCUACCAUAAUGUGAUUGUUGGAAAUGCAGUUCUUGACAUGUAUGGAAAAUGUGGAAAUUUAAAGCAAGCUAGAGCUUGGUUUUCUGAAAUGGUUCAUGUGCGAGACACUGUUUCUUGGACUUCUCUUUUAGCAAGCUAUGCAAGGCGCCAAAUGAGCGAACAAUCCAUGGAUAUGGUUGGGGAGAUGCUUGAAGAGGCAAUCCCAAGUAAUUUUACAUUUCCAUCACUCUUAGCGGCUUGGGCCAAUAUUUUUGCACUUGAACCAGGAAAACAAAUUCAUGGAUAUAUGAUUAGGAAUAACUAUGAGAUGUGUACUGUUACUAGUGCAGCUUUGGUUGACUUCUACUCCAAAUGUCGACGUAUUGAUUAUGCCAUAAGAGUUUUUAAAAGGUCAGAUUUGAGCGAUGUGAUUAUCUGGAAUUCUAUGAUGCUUGGGUGUUAUUACAAUGGAAAAUGUAAAGGAGCACUGGAGUUGUUUGAGUUAAUGGAGAGGAAAGGAUUAAAGCCAGACCAUGUCACUUUUCAUGGAUUGCUGCUGUCUUGCGUUUCGGAGAGCUGCAUUGAGCUGGGGAGGCAGUAUUUUGAUUCAAUGAGUGAGAAGUAUUGUAUAAUUCCACGGUUGGAGCAUUACCAGUCUAUGAUUGAACUGUAUGGCCGGCAUGGGUGUAUGGAACAACUUGAGCAUUUCAUCAAGACGAUACCAUUUCAACUGACCUCUCAAAUGUUAGUUCGAGUCUUUGACUUUUGCCGCAAACAAAAGCACUUGCAGCUGGGAGAAUGGGUAACGGAUCAACUUAAUAGAUUGAAUCCUGAAAAGCAAUUGAAAUUUGACAUAGGGAGGAGUUGA